AAUACAAAAAAAACCUUUCGAAUUCACCUCCUUAGUGUUAGUAGCGCCACUAGUGGCAGGUAUCCAGUCUUUUGCAUAAAAUAGGGUUAGAAGAAUUGAUGUUGUUUUCAAUAAGUGUUUUCUAGAAGAAAAGCUAGGUUUUUUGGAAAAUUUAUAAGAAAAUGUCGCGCGGAGAUAACUUCCCACCUCUCAAAAAAGCCCGUGCGAAUUCAAAUUCCACCAUAACCAGCCUACUAACUUCUCAAACUGCAACGCAACAAGUGUCUGGGCAUCAUUUGGCUUCCGGAUCAGAUUCUGGGGAUUAUGUUCCGAUAUUCACUGCUGAAAUUAGCAGUAUAAUGCGUGGCUUUGGGGACUGUGAGCAUCCCCUGAAGGAAACUGUUAUACUUGUGGAGAAAAUAGUGUAUCAGCAGAUGCGUGGAAUUAUUCAGGAGGCUAUUGACUGCUCCAUUGCAAGGAAGGGGGUCCCGUGUCCCAGUCAGAAAGAUUUUGAAUACAUGAUGCGGCGGCAUCCAGUAAAGAUCUUCAGGUUGCAGAAGUACCUGAAGUAUAUGAAGCAGCAUCAGAGAUAUCAACGCUAUCAGGAUAUCAUGGCUGGGCGUAUUGGAGCGCAGCAGAAAGAAGAGGAAAAAAGUCCAGGAUCGAAUUCUGACGAUGACAGUGAUCGCGAAGUACCUGAGAGAUUUGAUGAGGAGAAAACCCGCAGAAUUUUUCGGGCAGAUCGCAUAUCGCAGAUGCUAAAUGGAGAGCAAUAUGAACAUUUCAAUGCAGCCAGAAGAACUUCAUUCUAUGGAGACAAUUCUUCCACGAUGAAAUCGAAAUUCCGGUCAUGGCUCAGUAUCCCCGCUGAAGUGACAAUCACCUCGGAUGUGCUGAAGAUCUUGGCUUAUUUUGUUCAUGAAACCAUUGCAGUUCUUGUGGAUUAUUGCAUCCUUACCCGUCUAAAUUCCAGCAACAGGAUAACUGAGCCAUACAGCCGCAUUACUUCCGGAUCCACUUAUGGGAUGCUCCAUCUCUGUCCAGAUAUCACUCAGGGAAGAGGUUCUGAUGGCGUUAAAGCCAUUACAGUGCAGGAAAUUAAUGAAGCAAUGAGAAGACAUACUCUCAUGACAACCAAACCAAUGGGACUAUUCCGGAAUGUUAGAUCGGGAUCAUCAACACCUUUUCUUGCCAUCUAAGAAUACAAAAUAACUCGGAUUUUUGGUCAACGGAAUGGAACAAGAUAAAAUUUUUUUAUUUUUAGCAUCGAUCACAAAUUUAGUUCUACAGAUAAGAUUCUUGUGUUAUAUCCUUUAUCGUCUCCUCUUCUUUAACUGUAUUUUGGCGGGUGCCGUAGAAAUUCCUGAUCACCGGAGAUAUCAAAGAUGCAUCCACAAGGUGAGGAUCAUUGCCUCCUUUGACUAGAUUGAUAAUAAAUGCCACUAGAAUUGUUGAUAUGGCCCCGAGGAAGGUGUACCACAUGUAUGAGAUUCGAUAGAGUGGCAUUAUGCUGCAAAGAAGAGAAUUAUUUAGCAGAAAAUUGGCAAAACUUUACAAAUUUUAUCUUGUACUAUCAUCAAUUCAAAUUGACGUAGACUUAUUCCUAUUUUUCAAAGACUUUUCAUUGAGAUUAUAAAUAUUUAACUUUUUUUUACCUUCCGCUGAAAAUUUAGAUAUAAUUUUACCAUAUAUGAAUAAUUUGAUAUAUGAUAUAUGAAUAAUUAGAAUUUGUUGUUUAUCAAGUAACCUUUUUCAAUUCUAGUUCUUAUAAUUUUAACCCUUUAAGGACGAUUGGAACACCGGUGUCUCGCAAAGAAAAUAAUUUUUCCUGUCUAUACCUAAAGUUAUUUUUUUCUUAUGUUUGUACGUAAUUGCAAAGUAGGGUAAAUGAAGCUUAUUUAAAACCUGCUCCAAGUGGAAAUUUUUAGCUAUUCCAAAUGGAAACAUAAUUGUUAUCAUGAUAAAUACAAUACUAAAUUAUUAUAUUUGUAUAUUUUCUAUACCACAGUUUCAUUAUUUAGUUAAUUUUGCUUCAAAUAAAGCGAAAUCCAUUCAUA